UCAAAACAAUCGACGGGCUGACAAAAAUGGACAAGAAAAGUUUGAAGAAGUAGAAUCUGAUAACACUUUGGUUUAAAGACAAAUUCCUUUAUUUGAUUAUGUCAAAAAGAUAAAGAAAAAUGGCCUUGAUGGGACCUAAAACCUUAACCGAGAGAACUCGGAAAAGGAAGGCGAGUGAUCCAGAUGAUGAAAAUCUGAAGUUGGUCUUAGACAGUGAAACCCUAGGCUCUAGUAAAGCAGAAUUAAAAACAAAAAAGAAAAAGCCACCUUCACCUUACUACGAUUAUACCUCACUGAGUGAAGCUGAGUCAGACACAGAGUUUAGCUGCUCAGGGAGCUCAAUUUCAAGUGAUGAAUCAGGGAACUCUAACCCAGAAAAUCAAUGGGACAGUCAGGACCUUGAGAACUUAAACAUCUUCUUUGAGAAGACACCAGAGACAUUGGAGAACUUUACCAAAGAAGUGAAGGAUGCUUUCGGGAAUAGGGAAGGUUUUUGUCCUGAUCCCAGCAGAAUGAUUGAUAUUUUGAGGAGUCAAAUGGAAGAGGAUCUGACAUUUUCUUAUGAUUUGGGAGAAGUCCGGGACAUAAGAUGUGCUUCAGCUAAAGACGUGAUAGAGGUGAGACAGGAGGUGUCUAGGAAGAUAAAGGAGGACGUCCAAAGGAUGCAGGAAAAAGCAGAGGAAUUUGAUUCAGAGAACCUAUUUUGCAGGGCGCUAGAAUCAGCUGUGGGGAAAUCUGCCCUGGAGGUCGCUGUGUUGUGUAAUUCUGCCUCGCGACACUUUGCCCGGGAGACUGAGUUACUACUUAAACUGGUGCUAAGGGAGCCUAUAUCUACAUCAAAACAAAAUGAGGGAGGGCCAGACUUAAAUUACUUCCAGAGCUUCUGUAAAGUGUUUGGAAAGAUCUUCUUUUUAAGUGAAGGUGAAUUACCUCUGGUAUCCUUUACAUUAAAUGAUUGUACUUUGAGGAAGAAGCCUGGUAUUGUCUACCCUUGGUAUUCUCAGUCCAGGGAGGAGGAACAAUUGUUUAUAACUGAGGUACAUGAAGCACCAGUUUAUCUAGGCCAAACAGACAUAAAAGACCAAGUUGGUACCAAAAUCAUGGGACAGUUUGGAAUAGAACUCAUUUGCCAAUUAAGACGCUCUGUAUUUUAUCCUAAUUGUCUUGGAGUCCUCUGCAUGGAAACAAAGUUAAUUUUUGUAUUACUGAAAGUAUCAAAGAAGCAUGCCAUCAGCCUAUAUAAAGGGCAGGAGGGUUCCACAGAAGAUCCAGGGAAGUGUAAUGGGCAGAGGGGUUCCACAGAAGAUCCAGGGAAGAUAAUGUACACAGAACCACUAGACAUACUUAAAGCCGAGGACAGGGUAAAAAUGGCUAAGCUUCUCUUCUGGUUAGGAUGUCUUCAGGAUCCGAAAAAACACCGGUUUUGUUGAUUUGUACUGUAUGUGUGAAGCAUACUUAAGAAAGUCUUACUUUCAUUUAUUUUUUCAUCAUAAAAAAAACACCAGUGUUUACCUAGCGGUCCUACUAAACAGAGUACACUAGUACAAUAGAGUACUUUAGGGUACGCUAAUAAAAUUUUAUAAUUUAAUGCACUUAAACUGCAUUUAGCAUGUUUCUCUACAGUAGUUUAACAUAAUAAACGUACAUUUUAAAUAAAAUGCACAUAUGUUUUUAAUUAGGGAAGUUAUUUUAAUUUUUUUUAUUUCAGGUUAUGGUUUAUUGAUUGAUCCCAAUGAUCCCGAUCUUAUUUAAAUUCAAAUGUUUGAAUUUUAGUGCGAAAAACUACAGUGUAUUUAAAUUUUUGAUAAAUGAAAUUUAGCUGAAAUUAAAAAGUCUGAAAGAAAAUUGUAAUCAAGAUUGGGGUGUUAACAUGUUUAUAAAACCUCUAAUGCUUUGAAUCAUGAAUAUUGCUUUCUUGUCAAAGUAUCGCUAAAAAUACAAAAAUGUGGGACAAUAUUAUUUUAAAGGUUGUAUAUAGAUAAAUCAACAGUCUAAUUAUAUUAAAAUGCACGAUUUUCUAGUGUACUCUGAAGACUCUAUCACAUUCUAGCGUACUCUGUUUAGUAGUACCUCAGUUUUGUUGAUUUAUACCAAAAAAAAAAAGUGAAACAUAUGACAGCCGUCACUAUUUUAUUGUCCCAAAAACUUGGUUUGUUGAUACAUACUGUGUACAGUAUAUGUUAAACAUGCUUUAGGCAGCCUUUCUUUAUUUCAUCAUCCUAAAAAACACCGGUUUUGUUGAUAUAUAUAUAUAUACUGUAUAUGUUAAACCCAUUUUAUAUGGCAGCUGUUCAUUAUUUCAUCAUAGUGUAAAAGAGAAAUUUAUGUUAAUUAUGUUAUAAUAUAAAUAUAUGUUGAAAAUUAAAGAGGUAUUAACCUUAACCUUGAUUAUAUUUAUUUAAUUAAUAAAAUAAUUUCAUGUAAUAAAUUCUACAAGUGCUUUAUAAGGUCACCUAAGUAAACUCAGGUGACCUAUUGCUAUUCGUUUUCAUUCGCCCUCAUGCGUGGUUCCUCAAGUGUUAACAUUUAAACAUUUCAGCUUCUUCUCUGAAAAGGCUGAACCAAUUUCAACAGAUUUUGGCAUAUAACAUCUAUAGGUGAAGGGGAACAAAAAUUGUGAAUUUCAUGGUCUAUGGGGCCUGGGGGUUGGGCCAAAUCCACUAACUUUAGUGCAAUAUUUAAAACUCUUCUUUUUUACUCCUGGACAUAAAGCAUUCAAACUGUUGGUUUGAUUGUAAUCAGCAUUGUGUCCUCUAGCAAAAUUGUGAAAUUCAUGGCCGCAUGGUCAGGGGUUGUAGUGCUAAGGUAGGGCUAUUUAUAUUAUGUAGUGAAAAGGCACUAUAAUUUCUUUGAAAAUCUUCUUCUCUGCUCCUGAGUAUUAAAUAAUAAUGAGCAAGUUAUGAUGAGCAA